GUGGAACAACAGUCGGAAAAGGCCUCGUCUCCGGCCCCUUCGUCCGCGGGCGCAACCAACAACGAGAAUCGCGAACUGUCCGACACAGAGCUGAUCCGCAUCGAAACCCACAAAUCCCAACAACGCGCGACUGUCGGCUCGACGACGGGCAAACCGUGUCCUCGUGAGAAAUGGCUGGUCAUGGGUGGGGGGAAGCCCAUUCCUGCGGGGAUGGAGAAGCCUGACGAUUAUAUUGUUGAGUUUGAUGGAUCGCAUGAUCCGAUACAUCCGUUCAAUUGGAAAUUGAAGAAGAAACUGACCACCGGAAUCAACAUCUCCAUCGCUACCUUCACAGCCGCAUUCACCAGCGGCAUCUUCGCCCCCGGGAUCACCGACGCGAGCCGCGAAUUCGGCGUCGGCAGGGAAGUAGGCGUGCUGGGGACAACACUCUUCGUCCUCGGAUUCGCCUCAGGGCCGCUCCUAUGGGCACCGGCGUCAGAGCUGGUCGGACGACGCUGGCCCCUCACGAUCGGCAUCUUCGGCGAGAGCAUCUUCACCAUCGCGGCAGCCGUCUCCAAGGACAUCCAGACGCUGACCAUCUGCCGAUUCUUCGCGGGGGUCUUCGGCGCCAGCCAGGUGACGGUCGUGCCGGCAGUCUUCUCUGACAUGUUCGACGACACGCACCGCGGGGUCGCCCUGAUGGUGUACUCGCUGACGGUGUUCGUGGGGCCGUUCGCAGCGCCCUUCAUCGGCGGGUUCAUCGUGGACAGCAGCCUGUCCUGGCGAUGGGUACUGUACAUUGCAUCCUUCAUGGGGUUCGCCAGCACGGCACUAUAUCUGCUCUUCGUGUCCGAGACCUAUCCACCAGCCAUCCUCAGCCAAAAGGCAGCGACGCUGCGCCGACAGACGCACAUCUGGGCGAUCCACGCGAAGCAGGACGAGGUGGAGAUCGACGUGCGCGAGCUCAUCCACAACAACUUCACGCGGCCGCUGCGCAUGCUCGUCCAGGAGCCCAUCCUGCUCUUCGUGUCGCUGUACAUGUCGUUCAUCUACGGGAUUGUCUACGCCUUGCUGGAAGCCUACCCGUACGUCUUCCAACACGUCUACGGCAUGAACCAGGGCCAGGCGGGACUGACCUUCUUCGGCCUGAUCAUCGGUCUUGUUUGCUCUGUGUCGUUUAUGGUCUGGCAGCACCGAUAUUAUGUCCGGAAGUUGGUGGCGAACAACCACCGUGGGGUCCCCGAAUGGCGUCUGCCGCCUACUGUCGUCGGGGCGCCGGUGUUCACCGUGGGGCUGUUCUGGUUCGGCUGGACAGGCUUCACGCCCUCCAUCCACUGGAUGUCCCCCACAGCAUCGGGGGUGUUGAUCGGCUUUGGAUUGCUUUGCAUCUUCCAGCCGUGUUUCAACUAUCUAGUAGACACAUACUUGACACUAGUCGCCUCCACAAUCGCCGCAAAUAUGAUGCUCCGAUCCGCCAUAGCAGCAGGCUUCCCACUCUUCUCGAAGCAAAUGUUCGCCAAUCUGGGCAUACAAUGGGCGGGGACGUUACUGGGGUGCUUGGCUGCCGCUAUGGUGCCAAUUCCUGUUUUGCUUACGGUUUAUGGGCCUUGGAUACGGGGGAAGAGUAGGAUGAUUCGUCAUGGUGGUUAGAACUGAUGAUAUGGUAUGUGUGGUUAGUGGAGACUGGCUGUUGGUUUUUUUUUUUUUUUUUUUUUUUUUUUU